CCCUCCCUCUCCCCGUCCUGCCGGCCCGUCCCGGCGCCGUUUGCUGCUCUCGGGGACACCAUGUCGCGCCGCGCCCUGCUCGCGCUGCUGCUGGCCGCUCUGCUGGCCUGCGCGCUGCCCGCCGCGCGCGGCCAAGACUUCGACCUGUCGGACGCCUUGGAUGGGAAGCCCACUCCAAAGCCCCCAAAGAAACCCAGCGGUCCAGUGGACGACUUGGAUUUAGGGGACGCCCUCGCUGGCGGUGACACAGGAGGCUUUGACCCGCAGCCUCCAAACCCACCCAAGCCCAGACCGAACCCGAACCCGAAACAGCCAGGCACAUCCGGUGGCUUCUCCGACGCUGACCUCCUGGACGGACACUCGAAUGCAGGUGGCUUCUCCGACACUGACCUCCUGGACGGACACUCAGAUGGAGGUGGUGGCUAUCCCGGGAACCACCGCAAAGAUGGGGAUGGGGAGGCACAGGCCGACUCCCCCGGCGUGAUCUCGGGCAUCGUGGGGGCCGUGGUGGUGGCCGUGGCCGGGGCCGUGUCCAGCUUCAUCGCCUACCAGAAGAAGAAGUGGUGCUUCAAGGAGAACGAUGGGGCGAAGGUCUAGACAGCAGGGCGACGCCGUCUCCGUCUCCACCCGGCCCCUCGGAUGCGGCUUCCCCACGGGGACGCGGAGUCUCAUCGAGGCAGGAUAAAAUCGCGGACUUGGCCGGGCUCCGAGAGACGGACACGGGGGACGGGGGACGGGGGCUGCCCUGGAAGCGGAUUUCUCGCGCCUGGAGUCUGCCAGACAUUCACCUCCUUCUGCUCCUCUAUGAAGCUUCUGAGCGUCCACUGCCCGGCCGGCCUUUGGCCACGGGUCCAGCUGCAGCAGCUGCCUGGAGGCGGAGACAAAGCCAGAUGCACCGGGUGGUGGAGACAGUUGGUCACUCUCUCUCUCCCUGGUGGCGUCUGUCCCUUGUGCAGAAGACGAUUCUAACUCUGCCUUUGCUUUUCACCGUUUCCCUCCCCCUGCAAAAAAAAAAAAAAAAGCCAACCCUUGUCCUAGGGCAAACACAGCGUGCGGGAUGGGUGGGUCACUGCGGGCCCCCAGCUCUGGCCGUGUCUCUGAGGGACAGAGAGCUGCCAGCCCGACACUGGACACUUCCAAGUUUCCACCGCCGGGAGGAGCCCCCUAGCCCAGCCACGGUGGCGGGGUGGACAUUGUCACUCUGAGGGGUCCGGGGGUCCUGCCUUGGAGGGCACGCCCAGCCCGGGUUGUGUUGGUGCUCCGGGGAUGUCCAGGUGCCCGUGGACGCCGCUGGGGCCAAGGGAGGUGGCAGGAGAGUUUCAAGACCGUCUUGGGAACCUGGGAAGAAUCCGUUGCUGAUGUGUGUCAAUGCCCGAUAUUCGUAAGAGCCGAUUCCGGGUCUCCUGGCGACCGGGUUGACAACCGUCGGUUACACCCGCUAGAGUGACCGUUGGGACAACGCCGGUUCAGCCAUUGGAAGGAACACGCCCAUUUCAAUCACUGGGAAAACCCCAUUUCGACCUUUGGAACAGCCACACUGCAACCAUUCAAACACCCCCAUUUCAACCAUUGGAACACCCCAUUUCAACCAUUGGAACACCCCAUUUCAACCACUGAACACCCCAUUUCAACUAUUGGAACACCCAUUUCAACCAUCAGAAUACACAUACCCCCAUUUUGAGUGUUGGAACGCUCCACAUUUCACCCUUUGGAACACCCCAGUUUCAACCAUUGGGACACCCCCAUUUCAACCAUUGGAACACCCCAUUUCAACCAUUGAAACACCCCCAUUUCAACCAUCGGAAUACCCCCAUUUUGAGUGUUGGAACACUCCAUGUUUCACCCUUUGGAACACCCCAAGUUUCAACCAUUGGGACACCCCCAUUUCAACCGUUGGAACACCCCCAUUUCAACCAUUGGAACACCCCCAUUUCAACCACUGGAAUACCCCCAUUUUGAGUGUUGGAACACUCCAUGUUUCACCCUUUGGAACACCCCAGUUACAACUAUUAGGACACCCCCAUUUCAACCAUUGGAACACCCCCAUUUCAACCAUUGGAACACCCCAUUUCAACCAUUGGAACACCCCCAUUUCAGCCAUUGGAACACCCCAUUUCAACCAUUGGAACACCCCCAUUUCAACCAUUGGAACACCCCAUUUCAACCAUUGGGACACCCCAUUUCAACCAUUGGAAUACCCCCAUUUUGAGUGUUGGAACACUCCACAUUUCACCCUUUGGAACACCCCAGUUUCAACCACUGGGGCACUCCUGUUUCAACCAUGGAAACACCCCUAUUUUCACCACUGGAAGGAAGAGCACCAUUUCAACCUUUGAAACACCCAAUUACAACCAUUGGGACACCCGUAUCUUAGCCAUUGAACACUCCACAGUUCACCUGUUGGAACACCCUCGUUUCAACCGUACCAACAUCAUCUAACCAUUGGAACAUCCCCACUGCAAGCACUGGGACACCCAGUUUUAUCCAGUGAGACACCCUCACGUCAAUCAUUAGGACACCCCUGUUUUAACCAUCGGGAAACCCCAAUCCACAACCAUUGGGACUCUCCAAUUUUAACCCUUGGGACACCCCAAUUUUAACCCUUGAGACCCCUAUUUUAACCACCAGGAUGCCCCGUUUUAACCACUGCAGCACCCGCCUUGGAACCCUGGCAGGACCCACAUUCCAAACAGGACUAAGCCAUUUGCUCGCGAACCUUCAGACUCUCUUCCCCGCCAGCCCAGCGGAGUUUCGGGGGUGUGGGGGGGGGGCCGGAAGGGAUGGCGGGUCCCACACCACGGGGACCAGUGUCCACUCUCUGCUCACUCCAGACCCUCCGCUGCCUCCGGGACCCUCCAGAAGACGGCUCCAGUGUCCCGGGGCUGGGCACGUGCCCCUGGGCUCCCUGUCUCCCUCUCGCCUCAGUGUGUGUGUGUGUGUGUGUGUGUGUGCGCGUGUCAUUUCUUCAAUGUUGGCAUUUCAGUAGGGGGCACAUGGCCGCGGCUGGACGAUCCCCAGAGACACCUGCACCCUGUAUGUGUGCGUGAUGCUUGUGGGCGUGCGGGGCCUUUGCACGUCAGCUGACAGUCUUGCUCUCAAUAGCGCCAAGAAAUAAAUGGAUUUUUACCCACAAGUCCUCCGGGCGUGUGCAGUUCCCUCGGCGGCGGCCGGAGACCCGGGGGGACAUUUGAGG